AUGACACAUAAAGAAAAUCAAAUAACUAUCGACAUGAAAGGUAGUGAUCUUUUAAAUGGUCAACCUUCUAACACACUGUCAAAUUCUGCAUCGAAUGGAUUAACACCUCCAGUUUCCUAUCAUUCAAGUACUUUCAUGAAACCUAUUAGUCUAGUUGCAUUAACAUUACAAAAUGCUUUAAGCAUAUUAUUAUUACGUUAUGUACGUACAAUACCAGGACCACGUUUUAUAAAUUCAACAGCAGUUAUUGUUUCAGAAGUUCAAAAAACAAUGUUAAGUUUAUUUUUAGUUAUUAAUGAAGAACGUAAUAUUGCUGCAACUUUUAAAUUAAUAUAUAAUAAAAUUAUAUGUCAACCAUAUGAUACAUUCAAAACUGGAAUACCAGCUUUACUUUAUACAUUACAAAAUAAUCUUCUUUUUGUUGCCAUUUCAAAUUUAGAUGCUGCUACAUUUCAAGUUAGUUAUCAAUUAAAAAUUUUUACAACAGCUAUACUAAUGGUAAUGAUACUUCGUCGUCAAUUAAGUUUUAUUCAAUGGCUUGCAUUAUUUCUUCUUUUUAUUGGCAUUUCUCUUGUACAAGUUGAAAAUAUGACAUCAGCAACACCAAAACAAGAUGUUAAUGCUGUAUAUGGAUUACUUGCCGUUGUAGCUGCUUGUACAUUAAGUGGUUUAGCUGGUGUUUAUUUUGAAAAAAUUCUUAAAGGUAGUGAUGUAUCUGUAUGGAUACGUAAUAUUCAAUUAGGUGUAUUUGGAAUUUUUUUUGGCACUAUAACAUCGUAUUUAUCCGAUGGUCUAGAAGUAAAAGAAAAAGGUUUUUUCUAUGGUUAUACAAAUAUGGUAUGGACAGCUACACUUGUUCAUUCUGUUGGUGGUCUUAUUGUAGCAUUAGUUGUUAAACAUGCCGAUAAUAUAUUAAAAGGUUUUGCAACAUCAUCAGCUAUUAUACUUUCAUGUAUUGUUAGUAUUAUAUUAUUCGAUUUUCAAUUAACAUUAUUAUUUACAUUGGGUGCAGCUUUAGUUAUAUUUUCAAUAUUUCUUUAUUCAAAACCAGAAUUAAUUUUACAUGUACCGAUUGUAAAUAUCUUUUUUAAAGAUAAAUCAGUAUUAUUUUAA